AUGAAAUAUCUGCAUAGACUGUUAUGUGCCAUAAUUUUGAUACAAACAGCAAAUUUCGCUUAUUCGCAAGAUGAAAUUUUUUUUUCGAAGAACGAUAAAGAUUUAUCUAUAAAUGAAGAGAAACAGCCCAUUAAUGAAUUACCAAAACCUAUUUUAAUAAACCUUCGAAAUCAACGAGAUAUGUUAGCAGAGCAAGAACCAAUCGAAGACAACGUAAGUAAUAGAGAACACCGAUCACAUCGACCCACUCUCAUGGAAAUUGCAUUACAAGCGUCAGUACAAGAAGGCCUAAAUGCAGUGUCACAACUCUAUCACAAUAUUGAACCUAAUAUUAUUAAAAAUCGUCAAUUACUUGAUGAUAAUCAUCCCGCUGCGUUGCUCUCGAAAUUUAGUGCACCUGUUGAGAAUACCGAACAAAGAGAAAUGGCUGCAUAUGCCAUGAUUUCAACAACCAAAGCAUUCAGAAAAAAGUAA